AUGGCGCCGUCCCUCUUCCGCAAGCGCCACGAGGCCGAGGACAUCAUCCCCAUCCCAGGCCCCCUCGAGGCCGCUGCCAUCUCCGCCUCUGGCCGCGAUCGUCUUGAGAACCUCCAGCAGUUUGAGAAAUCCCACAAGUUCGACCCGAACCUGCCCAUCGACGACCUUACCGAUGUCGACGCCGCUAUCGCAACUGGAAAUGCCGAAAAGGGCAUCGAGAUUGAGCACGCGCUCAUGGAGGACAACAGCCCCUACCCCGAGGUGAGGGCUGUUGUCCGUAACUACGAUGUCGACGUCCCUGCCAACACCAUCCGCGCCUGGGUUAUCGGCCUGGUCCUUUGUACUAUUGGUUCUGGCAUCAAUAUGCUCUUCUCGUUGCGCAACCCCAGUAUUACCGUAUCUACAUACGUCGUCCAGCUCGUCGCGUAUCCCUUGGGUCUCGGCUGGGAUCUCAUCAUGCCCGAUCGCGAAUGGAAUCUCUUUGGCCUCAAAUUCAACCUGAAGCCCGGAAAGUUCAACUACAAGGAGCAUGUGGUUAUCGUCGCCAUGUCUAACGCUGCUUACGGUGGUGGUGUUCUUUAUGCGACAGAUGUCCUCCUGGCCCAGCAGAUUUUCUACGGCCAGAAAUUCGGCUGGGCAUUCCAGGUUCUUUUCGGCAUCACAACUCUCUGCACUGGAUAUGGAUUGGCUGGACUGGCGCGUCGCUUCCUGGUGUGGCCCGCCGCAAUGAUCUGGCCCACCGAUUUGGUCAACUGUGCGCUCUUCUACACCCUUCACGACCACUCCGGUUCCGACCCGACCAAGACCAAUGGCUGGAAGAUUGGACGAUAUCGAUGGUUCUUGAUUGUGGCAGGCGGGGGCUUUAUCUGGUACUGGUUCCCUGGCUGGAUCUUCAAGGGUCUAUCCUACUUCACCUGGAUCUGCUGGGUGGCUCCUCAUAAUGUCACCGUCAACAAGAUCUUUGGGGGUCUGACCGGCUAUGGCUUGAUGCCUACUUCUUUCGACUGGACCGUGUACAGCGGUUAUCUGCAGUCCCCUCUGAUCCCGCCCUUCCACGCCAUUGCCAACGUUCUCGUGGGCAUUGUCGUCUUCUUCGUCUGCAUCUCGAUGGGAAUUCACUUUACCGGAACCUGGUACUCUGAUUACUUCCCCGUUCAGUCCUCCGAGUCUUACGACAACACGGGCAACGUCUACAACGUGUCCAGGAUUCUCGACCACAACUUCCACUUCAACGAGACCGCCUACAAGGAGUAUUCGCCUCUCUUCCUGCCAACGCAGUUUGCUCUGUCGUACGGCCUCUCCUUUGCUGCUGUCACGGCUGUCGUUGUGCAUGUUGUUCUGUACCAUGGUCAGGAAAUCUGGAGGCAAUUUAGGCAGGCUCGCAACCAGGAAGAUGAUGUUCACAUGCGCUUGAUGAAGAAGUAUAGGGAUGCAGAGGAUUGGUGGUAUGCUGCUCUCUUCGUCGUCAUGGUCUCCAUCUCCAUUGGCGUCGUCGCUGGCUGGCCAACUGGGUUCCCCGUUUGGGCCUACUUCCUGUGCAUUCUCAUCCCCAUUCUCUGGCUGAUCCCCAUUGGUGUCGUGCAAGCCAUCACCAACAUUCAGCUUGGCCUCAAUGUUCUGACAGAGUUCAUCAUUGGAUACAUGGUCCCUGGACGCCCCAUGGCCAUGAUGAUGUUCAAGAACUACGGCUACAUCUGCAUGGGCCAGGCCCUCUACUUUGCCCAGGAUCUCAAGCUUGGUCAUUACAUGAAGGUCCCUCCACGGGUCAUGUUCUCAUCUCAGCUGGUUGCGUCCAUCUGGUCCGCCAUUGUACAGAUUUGCGUUAUGAACUGGGCACUGGGACACAUCCCCGAUGUCUGUCAUGAUGAUCAACCCAACAACUACACGUGCCCUGGCGGUCGUGUUUUCUACACGGCCUCCGUUAUCUGGGGAGCUAUUGGCCCGGCCCGAAUCUUCAGCAACGGCGCCAUCUACUCCUCCCUUCAGUGGUUCUGGCUUGUUGGCGCUGUCACACCUAUUCUGACAUGGCUCAUUGCUCGGAAGUGGCCUCGAUCUAUCUGGCGCUAUGUCAGCACACCUCUCAUCUUUGGAGGCUCUGGCAUGCUCCCCCCGGCCAGUGUCUACAUCUACCUCUGCUGGGGUAUGGUUGGCACGUUCUUCAACCACUUCAUCAAGAGGAGAUAUACUGGAUGGUGGCUGCAGUACAACUACAUCACCUCUGCGGCUCUUGACUGCGGCCUCAUCUUGUCAACCAUGGUGAUCUUCUUCACCUUGUAUCUGACGAGUGCCAACCCUCCUAACUGGUGGGGGAACUUUGGUGCUUUCAAUACUUCGGAUUGGAAGCACUUGGCAGUGAGCAAGUCAAUUGCCAACGGAACAACGAUUGGACCCUCAACUUGGAAUUAA